UACCAGUGUGUCCAACUCCUCCCGCAUGGGUUUUUGUUGCUAACAAGAGGAUAGGAAAAAGAAUUUUCGAAAUCACUAGCAGGAUCGGGCUUAGGUUUUUAUCAGGGUUGAAAAGCGCUGGAGUUUGGGCCCGACGAGCUUUGGCACCAUCGGCGCACUGGCUUUAACAAAAAGGAGCGCUAAGAAUAUGACAGGUGCACCGUCUUAUGUUGAGCCCUAUGGUUUAGCCGGCACUAUGCUCCAUGGGCUUUCGCGGGUUAGACUAGGUGGAAACAUGUCGUUCAUGAACGUCACUAACCCAUCAAUUCACAGAGGUAUGUGAGCGCAGGAGUAUUGUUGAAGUUUAGAUUUAACAAUUCAAGGCCUCACUUCUGCAUGCCAAAAUAUCCAUUCUUUCCAUCAAUGCCUGGCUUUUUCAACCCCUUCCGUUCUCCUUCCUCCCCCGAUAUGUUUCAACGACUCUUCAGCGCGAGACAGACACCGCCUCCAGAAAGGCCAGAACUCUCCAGUGGCCAUACCGGCAUUUUGGAAGAUUGUAUAACAACCACUCGCACGGAUAUAUUCCAGCUCGAGCGGAGGAUCAAAGCCCUUAACGCAAAUGUCCUGGCCAUUUGCUACUGUAUAAAGAACAAACAGCCAUCCUUCGUGCCCCCAACUGCCGUUCGCCUCCCUGAGGUAUUCCAAACGGAAGCCAUUCCAUCUCCUUUCAAAGGCUCGCCGAAGAAGUCAGCCAGGAAAUGGCCAUCUAUUCCACUGCUUCGUUCCAAUAGUCCACCAAACGAGGCCAAGGUACUAAAUCGUCCUUCUCAAAUUGAACGCCCCGCCGAUGUUCCUGAAGCCGAGAGAGAGAUUCCUUCACCGACAAGAAUCGAUUGUGAAGAUAUGGUUUUGAUGGCGAAUGGGAAAGCGGAGCCUCAAGUUCAACUUAACUUCCUGGUCUUGAAGAAGGCAGAAAUGGAGGUCGAGGUGGGGAGAUUGGAAAGUGAUCUUGUGUUUUGGGCUGGCGUCUACCACGAUAUCAAGAUCGCACACCGAAAGAAAAGCGACAAGGAGGAAAAGAGGAAGCCGUCUUUUCAGACCAGGAAUCCGCCACGGCCCUCUUUGCUACGGGAGCCUUCCUUCCAUUCCAAUCCGAUCUCUAACAACCAUGCCGAAAGUAUGAGUAUCCCGACUUCGGCGCCAUUUAUAAUUUCACGAAAGGAGGUCCCAUCAAAGAAUUGACUGCGAGGGUUAAGGCUACCUCCUUGUUCUCAUCAACGCUGGGCCGAAGCCACAAAAACUCGUGGUCCCAAGUCAAUGACCUGUUUAUGACGGAAGGUAGUGGCUCGAGGGCAAGAGGAACGGGGUCGACUACAAAGUUUGGGACAGGAAAUCAUGCGAAACAUGACCAUACGCGCGAUGAUUUAAGGGUCGAUUUGAGGGUGCGAAGGAGGAGUUGGGGAGAGAAUCACUGAAUUGAGA